CUUUCAGUGCUUGCAAAAAAAUUGAGAAUUUUACAUAAAAACAUUAAUUUAACUAUCAAUUGUAAGGAAAAAUAAGUGAGUGGUUUAAAAAGAAGCAAAAAUGCCGAGCUCUGAUCCAUUGCCGCCAAAGGAAAAUGCAAUUUUCAGGAAGAUUCUGAAAUGCUAUGAAAUGAAGCAGUAUAAAAAUGGCCUAAAAUUAGCAAAGCAAAUUCUCACCAAUCCAAAACAUACGGAACAUGGUGAGACAUUAGCUAUGAAAGGCUUGACUCUAAAUUGUCUGGGACGAAAAGAUGAAGCGUAUGAUCAUGUUCGCAGAGGACUAAGAAAUGACCUUAGAUCUCAUGUCUGUUGGCAUGUUUAUGGGCUUCUACAACGCUCAGAUAAGCGAUAUGAUGAGGCCAUCAAGUGCUAUCGUAAUGCUCUUAAAUGGGAAAAAGAUAAUAUACAAAUUUUAAGAGAUUUAUCACUGCUCCAAAUUCAAAUGGGCGAUUUGGAAGGAUAUAGAGAAACUCGUCAUCAGUUGUUUAAGCUACGUCCUUCACAGCAUGCAUCAUGGAUUGGUUUUGCUAUGAGCUAUCAUUUGUUAAAUGAUUUUGACACGGCAUACGAGAUAAUGGAAACGUUCAGAACAUCACAGACUGUCGAAAGUUAUGAUUAUAAGCAUAGCGAAUUUUUAUUGUAUCAAAAUCAAGUAAUUCAAGAAUCGGGCAAUCUUGAAAAGGCUUUAAUUCAUUUAGAGGAGCAUCAAGGACAAAUUUUAGACAAAGUUGUAGUUCAAGAAAUAGUCGGAAGCUUGAGCCUUAAAAUUAAAAAAUAUGAUAAAGCUAUUGGUACAUAUAUGGAUCUCAUAAAACGUAAUCCAGAUAAUGCAGAAUACUUCAAGUGUUAUUUGGAAGCAAAACAAACGAAAAGUUCAGAUGAAACUGUACAAUUUUAUAAGGAAAUGUCAAAGGAAUUUCCAAAGUCUUUGUGCGUUCAAAGAUUGCCUUUGGAUGUAGCUCAAGGGACUACGUUCGAUGGGCUGAUUAGCGAUUAUUUGAAAAAGAACUUACGUAAAGGAGUUCCACCAUUAUUUGUGAAUAUUCGCUCAUUAUAUAAAGAUUCAUAUAAAGUAUCGACAAUUGAAAAGAUGGCUUUAGAAUUUUGCGAGAAUCUUAAAGCGUCUGGACAUUUUACCAAAGAUGAUUUUGAGUCGGGACUUGCGCAAGAACCAGCAUCCGCAUUAUUAUGGACAUAUUAUUUCUUAGCACAACAUUUUGACUAUCAGAAAAAUACUCAAAAAGCACUAGAUUAUGUGGAUGCAGCAAUCGAACAUACGCCCACAUUAAUUGAACUCUUUGUCGUCAAAGGUAAAAUCUUCAAACAUGCUGGAGAUCCAAUUGAGGCCUAUAAAUGGCUGGAUGAAGCACAAUCACUAGAUACGGCUGAUAGAUAUAUUAAUUCUAAAUGUGCCAAGUAUAUGCUACGUGCAAACAUGCUUAAGGAAGCAGAAGAAAUGUGUGCAAAGUUUACACGAGACGGAGUCUCUGCCAUGGAAAAUUUAAAUGAAAUGCAAUGUAUGUGGUUCCAAACAGAAUGUGCACUUGCUUACAAACGUUUAAACCAACUCGGUGAUUCCCUCAAGAAAUGUCACGAAAUCGAACGACACUUUUCCGAAAUUGUUGAAGAUCAAUUCGAUUUCCACACUUAUUGCAUUCGUAAGAUGACUCUCAGAUCUUAUGUUGACCUGCUUCGUUUGGAAAAUCGUCUGCGUGACCAUCCAUUCUACUUUAAAGCGGCUAAAUGUGCCAUCGAGGUGUACAUAAAGCUAUUUGAUGAGCCAUUGAAGGCAAGUUCAGCAACGGAAGAAAUCGAUUUGGAAAACUUAUCGCCUGCUGAAUUGAAAAAGUUGAAAAAUAAGCAGCGAAAGGCAAAGAAGAAGGCAGAAGUUGAGAAUGCACAACAAGCUAAAGCUGAAAAGAAGAAAGAACAAUAUAAUAAAUCAAAACAACAGCAAAAUCAAGACAGUGGUGAUCCUGAAGCACCGCAGCUUGAUGAAUUGAUCCCAGAGAAAUUGGAAAGAACCGAAGAUCCUCUGUCAAAGGCAAUCGAAUUCCUUAAGCCUCUUCAAAUGCUAUCUUCAGGCUUAAUUGAGACUCAUUUAAUGACUUUUGAAAUUUAUUAUCGCAAGAACAAGGUUCUAAUAAUGCUAAAGGCACUAAAGAAAGCAUAUUCGAUUGAUCCAAACUCUGCAGCACUGCAUAUGUGUGUGUUUAAAUUCAUUAAACUCCUUGAAACUAAUUUGGCUGAAGCCGAUGAAAUCUUGAAGCAAGUUUUACUACAGGAAAUAAAAGAGGAAUUGCCAAUUCUUGAGAAGAAGCCAGUCGAACUAAAUGAAGACUAUAUUAAGAGAAAUCCAAACAAUCCUGACGCAUUAAUAGUCGCAGCCGAAAUUUUACAUGAAACAUCGCCUGAAAAUAACAAAACUAAAGCAAUUGAUUUAAUGAAAACAUCAACGAAAUUAGACGGUUUUUAUUUAGAGCAUGCCCUACUCAUUCAUGAUUUACUGAAGAGCAACAAACUAGGUAAUUGCGAAAAAGAAUUGGAAGAAUUUCUUUCAUCGUUCAGAGAAAAAUAUCCUUAUGUGUUAUCCUUCAAGCAAACUAAUUUACAAUAAAUUAAUAUUACAAAUUUAUCAUACCUUUUUGCAAAAUGUAGUAAACACUUUCAAAUUAAUAAAACCAUUUCAUGAAGUGAAAAUGUACUUAAACUCUUAUUAAUUUUUAUUACGUCUUUCAGAAGAGUUUACGUGUGUUACGUAAACUUAGUAAAUACGUACGUUAUUUCAGGUAAACUCAUUGAUUAC